AACUAUUCAUAAAGCAAUUAGUGAAAAAAUGAAUACUAUUAAGUAUCCAUCAAAUGAGCAGCUUGAAAUUGUAUCUAAAAUAGCAUUUGAAAUUCAUAAUAAAGGCCAAUUAGAUGCUGUUCUCAUAAAUCUUUUAUGGAAAAAUUUAUGGAAUAAUAGUAUUGCACCUGCAGCAAAAGAAAUUGCCUGGGAAUAUUGA